AUGGCUAGGGUUUCGGGCAGGGCUUCGCCGGCGCGUCUCCGGCGGCCCAGGUUCGUCCCUCCUUCCUUCUUGGCUGGGAUCCACCACCCCUACACCUCACAUUCUCUUCAUGUCCUCUGCUGCAGAUGCAGAUGGAGCACGCCAUGGGAAUUCCCCAUCCACCAUGGUCGCCGCCAUCAAGGGCUUCUUCACGGAGAUGUGGAGGACGCCAUGGACCUGCAGCUCCAAGAUGACGCCUCUGCUACACCAAGAUAG